CUGGUAAGCUAUAGACAAAUCCUACAACUCAGAAAAGAGAUGGAAGCAUGCAUAUUUUGCUCUUCAAGCUCUUGGGCGGUUUGUCCUGUCUCUACCCCUAUGUACAACAUAAUUCCAGGGGAUGCUAAACCUACGUACACACCACACUUCGUUUCGAAUCUAAUUUCCCAUUGCGAGCAUUUUUAACUUCGAAGAUAUGCGCCUUGAUGCCUUCACAGCCCUAAUCACCAUACUCAAAACAAUCCAAAGCGCACCCGCCCUCCCACUAAACCGACGGCUCCCCUUCUCACGCCGCUUGGACUCCAGCAGCUGUGAGUUUUACGGGUACGUGGAUAACAACGAGGUGUACAACGAGUACACAAUCGAGAUGGCCGGCUGGGGCAAUGACGGGUCUUCAAACGGUUGUGCGGUUGGGGUCCCGAGUAUUAUCCAGACACAAUGUAGGGCCAAACUCGACAACUUUGCCUGCACACAAGUCUACGAAAACCUCCACGACACGCUAAUCAGCUUCCGCAUUAACAAGGCGGCCAUUGCACAGCCCGACUGCGUCACCGAGGCAUUGAGACUCGCCAGCAUAGCGGCUCACCACGAGCAGACCAUUGAAUGUUUCUGUCUCGCCGAAUGUUGGCCAUCGCAGACGAGCGUUUAGGACGGGGAUGAUGGGAUCGCGGAUAGGGUAAACUACACACAGAUUAUAUACAUGGGAGGUAAUAUCGUGAGAUUAAAGAGCGUUUUAACGAGUGGAAUGCCAC